AUGCUUACCCCUGUUAUUUUUUGGGCUAAGGCUCUCAUGCAGCAUAUAUGGUCACUAGGCCUAGAUUGGGAUAAUACUCUUCCUAGUGAUAUUAUCGACAGAUGGUCAACUUUUGUCAACGAACUUCCUGAGAUUGAAAAUUUGGAGAUUGGCAGGUACAUAUCUCUGAGUGAUGCGGUUAAUAUUCAGUUGCAUGGAUUUUCAGAUGCAAGUGAACUCGGUUUUGCUGGAUGUGUUUAUCUACGAACUGAGAACCCGCAAGGCAGUAUAUAUGUCAACUUAUUAAUAGCCAAGUCACGUGUGGCACCCCUGAAACGUAUCACGAUUCCUCGCCUUGAACUGUGCGGAGCACAUAUUUUAGCCAAACUGUUACACUACUGUGUUGAUCAACUCUCAGAUCGCUACAAGAUAGAUUCUGUUACCGCUUGGAGUGACUCCACUGUGGCUCUUUCAUGGAUUCACACCCCUUCUCAUCGUUUGAAGUUAUAUGUUGCAAAUCGUGUUGCACAGAUUCAAGAAUUGACCCCUUCCUGCAUAUGGAAACACAUUUCUACUCUUGAAAACCCCGCUGAUGUUGCCUCUAGAGGAUUAACCCCAUCUCUUCUUAUUCAUAACAAGCUCUGGUGGUCUGGACCCACAUGGCUUAAGAGUUCAUCUGAUUCAUGGCCUCAACCAUCGAGUCAUCUUCCCGAAGAGGAACUCCCAGAAAUUAAAACCACAACACUAAAUCUUCUUACGAUAGCUGAAGAUCAAGAUCUGAAGUUUAUCAAUAAAUUCUCUUCAUGGACUAAACUACUUCAUGUCAUGGGCUACGUUUUACGUUUUAUUUCCUGCUUGAAAACUAAGCAAAGGAUUACUCAUUCUCUCACACUUGAAGAGUUAGAAGUAUCGAACAAACGGAUUUGUUGGCUUGUUCAAAGAGAGAGUUUCUCUGAGGAUAUUAAUUCCCUGUCAAAGAAGAAUGUGUGUUCUUCUCGCAUUCAACGCCUUUCACCGUUUGCUUGA